AUGAUAAACAAUCCUGUCCCGAGUGACCUCUGGCUCGACUCCCUCGAGGAUACUCUCGGCGAUAUGGAGGGGAGGAGGACAAACGCUGCAGGGAAACCUAUGGUUCUGCCCAUGAACGCAGCAGCGGUCAUCCAAGAGCAGACAAAGAAGCGAGUGGCGACUGUCUUGAGAUCCCGUUAA